UGGGAUGCGUGUGUGUGUGUGUGUGUGUGUGUGUGUGUACGGGGCGGCUCCGGUUUCAAACAGAGCGCCCAUAUUUAACACAAUAGGAACGGAGAGACUCCGUCCCGUUGCCAGAUACUGCCGCUCAAGAGUGACGUGAAGUCCUGGUAAUGAGGGAAGACAAGAUACAGGAAGGAAAUACAAGAUGAUCGAAACAAUGGAUACUCAGCGUUGUCUGCAGGCGGUGGAUAGGUUACAGUCUCGCCUAAAGGAAAAGGGUUCAGAUGUUCCAGCUGAGGAGAAGCUGAAUCUUCUGAAAACGGUCCUGCAGAGUCCUCUCUUUCACCAGAUUCUUGCCCUGCAGAAAUCAGUGCAACAUCUGAAGGAGCAUACUCCAUAUAUUGACUCAGAUCUGAAGGGCGGCCAUGACGGGUUCUCAGCGCAGCUCAAUGGGCAACCUUCAUCUGAAGAAUAUGAACAUAUCAUCCGCUCAAUGGCUCAGGGUCGGUACAUGACACAUAUUAACCUGCCAAAGCCGGUAUCCGGUGGUUUGGGCUUCAGUGUUGUUGGAUUGUGCAGUGAGAACCGUGGAGAACUUGGCAUCUUCAUUCAGGAGAUUCAGGCCGGGAGUGUGGCGGACAGUGAUGGUAAACUGAAAGAGGGAGAUCAGAUCUUGGCAAUUAAUGGUCAGCUUCUGGAUCAGAGGGUCAGUCACCAGCAGGCCAUUGCACUAUUGCAGAGAGCAUCAGACCACAUGAAAAUCACUGUCGCCCGUGGGCCCAUACCACAGCUGUCCAGCCCAGUGGUGUCCAGAACCCCCAGUGCUGCAAGCACCCUUUCAGCACACUCCAGUGCGACCCACUGGACUCACAUGGAGACGAUCGAGCUGGUGAACGAUGGAACUGGUUUGGGUUUCGGGAUUGUUGGCGGUAAAACCACCGGAGUCAUUGUCAAAACCAUCUUACCUGGAGGCAUCGCUGAUCAGGAUGGUCGUUUACAUAGUGGGGAUCACAUCCUGCGGAUCGGUGAUACGAAUCUGUUCGGUCUGAGCAGUGAUCAGGUUGCUCAGGUCCUGAAACAGUGUGGCAACAGAAUCCGACUGCUCAUCAGCCGCGCGACGGUGGACGACACUAUGCCCGUUAUUGCCCCCCUGCCAACCGUCACUGAGCAACAGGGUUUUGAGGAAGAAGAGCAGGAUGCUUUUGAUGUGAGUUUGACGAAGAAUGCUCAGGGGCUGGGCAUCACCAUCGCUGGAUAUGUGGGGGACAAAACCUCAGAGCCCUCUGGCAUAUUCGUGAAGAGCAUUUCGAUGGACAGUGCUGUGGAGCAAGAUGGGCGAAUCCAUGUCGGUGACCAGAUCAUAGCUGUAGACGGUAUGAAUAUCCAGGACUAUACUAACCAGCAGGCAGUUGAAGUUCUGAGACACACGGGUCAGACUGUACACCUAAAACUGGUCCGACGCGGCUUUAAACCGGAGGACACAUGCCCGCCAAUCAUACCAGUCACCAUGGAGAUUAGACCUGCCCCUAGUGCAUCCAGAAACUCAACAAUGGAACGCGCAAAUGGCAAACACGACGAGAGGUCGUAUCUCAGUCCAGCUGAAACCUCCAAACCCCCGCCUGUCACAGUUCCACCCAUCAGAACUCCAGAAAGGCGAGACGGAAUGAAGCUGAGCUCUGAGGAGGAACUCAAACUCCUGCAGAAGUGGCAGAAGGACGUCAGCAUGUGCAGCGAGGUCAUUGUCGUUCAGGUGGAGAAGUUCAGUGAGAACAGUGGUUUAGGGAUCAGUCUAGAUGUGUGUGCCGGUCAUCACUUCCUGUGCUCUGUGCUUCCGGAGGGUCCUGUUGGACGUUCUGGAAAAAUCUGCAAUGGAGACGAACUGCUGGAGGUGAAUGGCAUCUCCCUCAGAGGAGAGACUCAUAAAGAGGUUGUCGACAUUCUGAAGGUACUUCCUAUCUGUGUUACCAUGGUCUGCUGUAGACCUGCCCCUCUGAUGACUGACAGCCAAACUUAUCAACUACAAGCAGGGGAUGUGGCCAUAGAAUCCACAAUUCAGGUGCAAGAUGAGCUUGAGGACUUCCUGGUUGCUGGAGAAUCCGAAGACGGCAUGAAAGAUAAUGUGACUGAAGAGUCUGUCGGAAUGCCGCUAGCGAUGUGGGAAAUAGAGAUUCAGGAGAUUGAACUGGAAAAAGGGGAAAGUGGGCUGGGCUUCAGCAUUCUCGAUUACCAGGACCCCAUGGACCCGGAUAAGACAGUGAUUGUGAUUAGGUCGUUAGUACCUGAUGGCGAAGCAGAGCGAGAUGGGCGCUUGUUGCCAGGAGACCGUCUCAUGUAUGUCAACAACAUCAACCUGGAGAGUGCCAGUUUGGAAGAGGCAGUACAGGCACUAAAGGGAGCAAAUAUGGGCACCGUCCGCAUCGGGGUGGCUAAACCACUGCCGAUCAACUCCAGUGAUUUAGACCUCUCUGACGAAAAGGCACUUGAGCGUCAAUUUGUCGAAGAUGAGGAUGAGGUGUUGCAGGCGUCGAUGAUCGCUCAGCAUGGCAGCAUUUGCAACACUGAUCAUCAGAUGACCAGACAGUCCUCCACACCCAAGGAAAAGGAUUUCCUUCCACCUAUAACAACAGACGAGUCCCAGCAGGUAAACACCACCGCAGGGAGCAGUUUCGAGAGGACCAUCACUGUUGUCAAGGGCAACUCCAGUCUGGGUAUGACUGUUUGUGCAGUGAAGGAUGGUGCAGGUAUGCUGAUUCGUACUAUCAUUCACGGUGGCUCCAUCAGCAGAGACGGGCGUCUCGGGGUCGGUGACCUUAUUCUGGCCAUUAAUGGAGAACCAACGGGAAAACUGACCAACGCCCAGGCACGAGCCAUGCUCCGCAGGCACUCUCUGACUGCACCAGAUAUGGGAUCCACAGCUGCUGCGGGGGAAGAGCAAAACCCCUUCUCUGUAAUCACGUAUGUACCUGCAGAAUAUUUAGAGGAAUACAUGGCAAGCCAACAGGUCAAGGGUGACGUCCUCGCUGAUGGCAAAAACAACACUCGACAUGGGACAGUCUCUGAGCUCCCAGAGAGAGAAGAUGGAGAAGGUGAGGAGAGUGAACUACAGACAGCAGCUUCCAUCAACUUGAAUCUCCCGCAGAGAGUGGAGUUGUACAGGGAAGUUGGGAAAUCUCUAGGCAUCAGCAUUGUUGGUGGGCGGGGCAUGGGCAGUCGCCUUUGCAAUGGAGAAGUGAUGCGGGGCAUCUUUAUUAAACACAUCUUGGAGGACAGUCCUGCAGGACGCAAUGGCACGCUAAAGACAGGAGACAGGAUUGUAGAGGUGGGUGGAGUGGAUUUACGUGAUGCCAGUCAUGAGCAGGCAGUGGAGGCCAUCCGUAAUGCUGGAAACCCUGUUGUGUUCCUGGUCCAUAGCAUCAUUCACAGAGCCAGACCUGACUCUUUCUGUAGUCUUCAUUCACCUCCAGUCAUAGAGAAAUACGGGGCAGAUUUAAAAUGCUUUCCUAUGCCGAAGCGUCAGACAUCUGCGUUGGAUGCAGUGGAGGACAGUUCAGUGCCCAGUUCAGAAAACAGCAAUGAGAAGCUGAAUCGAGAGACUGGAAAAAUCUCCCCCACAACACUCAUCCUGACGUUGCCGGUUGUCCCUCAUCUUGGGGAAACGGACACAGACACUUUGACAGAGACCGACCAGCUCACUCUUAAUAACAGUGGCCCUGAUGAGGACGAGAUGGAUGAAUACGGAUACAGUUGGAAGGAGGUAACGAAGCGGUAUGGUCGUUUACCGGGUCAGCUGCUCAUGAUCGAGCUGGAGAAGGGUCGCACGGGUUUGGGUUUGAGUCUGGCAGGUAACCGGGACCGUUCGCGCAUGAGUGUCUUUGUUGUGGGCAUUGAUCCUAGCGGUGCCGCCAGUCAAGACGGACGCAUCAUCGUAGGAGAUGAACUGCUAGAGAUAAACGGUCAGGUUCUGUACGGCCGCAGUCAUCAGAACGCCUCUGCCAUCAUUAAAAGCGCCCCGUCAAAGGUCAAGAUCAUCUUCAUCCGGAACAGAGAUGCUUUGAGUCAGAUGGCUGUAGGGCCAAUGCUGGAGUUUGGAGACUCACUGGACACACACACGGGGACAGAGACAUCCAGCUCAACACCAGACAUUAUACAACACAUAACUCUACCUGUGGAGGAUGGAGGGGUGGGUGUAGUCCUAACGGAGGAUGACAGCGGGAACGGAUUGAUCAUUCAGAGUGUGGACAAGAACAGACGGGCUGGAAGGGACGGUGUGAUUAAGGCGGGACACAGACUGCUGGCAGUAGAUGAUGAAAUGGUGCUUGCACAAUCUGUGGAAAAGGUGAUGUCACUACUCAAGAAAGCACAAAGCUCAGUGAAACUCACCAUCUGCACUGACCCCACGUCCCUGUCCUCAUCAUCUAAUAAGAUUUGCCCAGGAUCAGACGAAGGAACAGCCCUUCAAACUAGCCUGGCUUUGGUCUCUUUGACAUCAUCAGAAAUGGAGCCAUUCAGGAGUUCGAGCAGAUCUUCCACACCAGCAACCUUAGCUUCUGAUCCAGUGACCUGUCCCAUCAUCCCCGGCUGUGAGACCACCAUAGAGAUCAGUAAGGGAAGAACAGGACUGGGGCUCAGCAUUGUGGGCGGCUGUGACACUUUACUGGGCAGCAUAAUCAUUCACGAGGUGUAUGAGGAGGGAGCUGCCUCUAAAGAUGGUCGGCUGUGGGCAGGAGAUCAGAUUCUGGAAGUAAGCGGUAUAGACCUGCGUGUCGCGACCCACGAUGAGGCCAUCAAUGUUUUGCGUCAGACUCCGCAGCAUGUUCGACUGGCAGUCUUCAGAGAUGAGGGUCAGUAUAAGGAAGAGGAUCUGUGGGAUUCUCUGACCAUUGAGCUUCAGAAGGAACCAGGCCGUGGUCUCGGACUCAGCAUCAUCGGGAGAAGGAAUGAUACGGGAGUCUUUGUGUCAGACAUCGUUAAGGGCGGAGUCGUGGAGAGUGACGGACGCCUCAUGCAGGGAGACCAGAUCCUUUCUGUUAAUGGAGAAGACGUUCGCUCUUCCACGCAGGAGUACGUGGCCGCACUGCUCAAGAGUCAUGCUGGUCCAAUCAAAAUGGAGGUUGGUCGUUUUAAGGCAGGGCCGUUCCACUCCGAGCGACGUCUGUCUCAGAGCAGUCAGAUAAGCGGGACCGGCAGUGGUAAAGUCACUAUGUAUUCCAGCCCUUCAGCUCAGCAGGGAGACACAGAAAAAAACAAUGAAUUGCUGGAUCAAGACAUCAGGACAGUUGAAUUCAUGAAGGGCCCGUCAGACUCUCUGGGGGUCAGUAUAGCUGGAGGGGUGGGCAGUCCUCUAGGGGAUGUGCCCAUCUUUAUCGCCAUGAUGAACCCCAGCGGCCUCGCAGCACAGACGCAGAGACUCCGGAUUGGAGACAGAAUUGUGUCUAUCUGUGGAAACUCUACAGAGGGAAUGACUCACCAUCAAGCUGUUUCACUGCUGAAGAACACAGGCACCAUACAACUGAAGGUAGUUGCUGGUGAUACAACAGUACCUGGUCCUUCAUCAGAGCAGACAGCAGGACUCACAGCCAGCUGCAUUUUCCAUGACGACCUGGGUCCUCCGCAGUGUAAGAACAUCAGUUUGGAGAGAGGUUCUGAUGGACUGGGCUUUAGUAUUGUGGGUGGAUUUGGCAGCCCUCAUGGUGAUCUGCCCAUCUAUGUCAAAACUGUCUUCAGCAAGGGUGCGGCAUCAGAGGAUGGUCGUCUGAAGCGUGGAGAUCAAAUCGUUGCUGUUAACGGUCAGAGUUUGGAGGGUGUCACUCACGAGGAGGCCGUUGGUAUUCUGAAGAAAACCAAAGGAAAUGUAACACUCACCGUUCUGUCAUAAACACACGCAGCACUGGCUUAAAGUUAUAGUUCACUCAGAAAGGACAAUUCUUUCAUCUUUCUUCCGUGGAACACAAAAUAUAGGAAUAUCUGUACAACGAAAGCAUAUAAGGGCUGUAAUGCUCCAAAAAGGACAAAAAAGCACCUUAAAUGUAGUCAUUACUUCUUUGUAGCCUUCUGAAGAUGUACAAUAGAUUUGUAUGAUACUAUUCAGAAGAUUUAAGUCAGUGUUAUAUGUAUAGUGCUGUUCACAAUGCAUAUUAAGGAUGAGUAAAACAGAAUUGUCAUUUCUGGUUGAACUCUUUGUUAAACAUUGGAUUAAAAACACACCGAGUCUCGCACACUUACUGUGACGACACAAUUAAAAACGACACAAAUUCUAGACAAGGACUUCGACACAAUCUCUUUGCUGUUUAUGAUUUUACUCCUCAGUGUUUCAUUGAAAAAUUGUAAGAACUUUAAAAUAUAAAAAUGAAAACAUGGUAAAAACGUAAGCAAUAUUUGUAGCCCUAUACUUCUAAUACUUCUGAUGACUUUAAAUAAGUUGAGGAUAAUCAUGAAUGAGUGUCAUUAGGGAGUGCACGCACACUCUUUAAAAAGAGAUUUUUAUCAUGAAGACUGAAUUUCCGCAAAAUAUUUGAGUAACUAUUUUUCCUAAAAUAAACUUUCAUGAAGUCGAAGUGUUUGAAGGGGACACUGUUUCUAGAAUAAGUAUGAGUUAGCAUUGAAACUGAAGUGCUGAUGUUUGUGUAUUUUCUAACCUUAAACGUUGCAUUUCAGUUAUUUUCAUGGAGUUUUGCCUUUGUAAGAAUGAAGACCUUUUAAUCCAAGUUUUAUUUGUCAUGUUGCUGGAUGUAGAACUCAAUCACGCUACCGUUUGUCCAGUUUUAACUUUUGUUUUUAAGUUCAGUUCUGAUACAGGAUUGGAUUUCACUACAAACACACUCAUGAAUAAAAGUUACCUUGAG